AUGGCGAUGGUUACUUGGACACAAACUAUCAUGCGUUAUGUGCCAGUGUUUGAGCGUCACCCAACGAACGAGAGUUUGGUUGCCUUUCUCUUAGGUUGUCUGAAAGCAGCAGCAGCAGCAGCAGCAGCAGCAGCAGGACAGCAGCAGCAGCAGCAGCAGCAGCAGCAGCAGCAGAAGGAAGAGAAAGAGGGGGAUGAGCCGGAGGAGGAGGAGCCUCAUCAGCAGCAGCAGCAGCAGGAGCAGCAGCAGCAGCAGCAGCAGCAGGAGCAGCCUAGAGAGCUGCAGGAAGCAACAGAAGCACUGCUAGCAGCAGCAGCAAGAGUUGCUGCUGCAGCAGGAGGGGUAGGCAGGCUGGGCCUAGAGGUCGGUGUUGCUGUCGAUGAAAUGAAGGGAGAACUCAAAGCAGCACACAAAGUAAAUACAACACCUGCUGCUGCUGCUGCUGCUGCUGCUGCUGCUGCUGCUGAUGCUGCUGCUGUUGGUGGUGGUGGUGCUGCUGCUGAUGCUGGUGCUGGUGCUGGUGUUGGUACUGGUGUUGGUGCUGGUGGUGCUGCUGAUGCUGGUGCUGCUGCUGUUGCUGCUGUUGUUGCUGCUGCUGCUGAUGAAAUGUUUGAUGCUGUCUCUUGUCUCUAUUUACUAUAA